GGCGCGGCCGCGGCUGCCUGGAGCUGGGCUGGGCGGCGCUUUUUUUUUUUUUUUCGCAAUUUCCACUCGCGGGGAGCAGGAAACCCGGCGCAGCCGGGCGCAGCGGGCCGCGAUGCAGCAGCAGCAGCAGGAGUCGCCCCGGGGCAGCAGCGGCAGCAGCAGCAGCAAAGGCAGCAGCGGGCGGCGCUGAGCCGCCGCGGCCGCCACUACUGAGGAGGAAGCCGCCGCGUCCCGACUCCCGCACCCCGAUCCCGGCGCCCCGACCCCCGCGCCCCGAUCCCGGCGCCCCAACCCCCGCGCCCGCCUCCGCCAACUUUCACGCUGCCUCGGCGGCCCGGCCCGGCUCGAGGCCAAUGGUGGAGGCCAUAGUGGAGUUUGACUACCAGGCCCAGCACGACGAUGAGCUGACGAUCAGCGUGGGUGAAAUCAUCACCAACAUCAGGAAGGAGGAUGGAGGCUGGUGGGAGGGACAGAUCAACGGCAGGAGAGGUUUGUUCCCUGACAACUUUGUAAGAGAAAUAAAGAAAGAGAUGAAGAAAGACCCUCUCUCCAGCAAAGCUCCAGAAAAGCCCAUGCAUGAAGUGUCCAGUGGAAAUGCUUUGCUGUCUUCUGAAACAAUUCUAAGAACCAAUAAGAGAGGCGAGCGACGGAGGCGCCGGUGCCAGGUGGCGUUCAGCUACCUGCCCCAGAAUGAUGAUGAGCUUGAGCUGAAAGUUGGUGACAUCAUAGAGGUGGUAGGAGAGGUAGAAGAAGGAUGGUGGGAAGGCGUUCUCAAUGGAAAGACUGGAAUGUUUCCUUCCAACUUCAUCAAGGAGCUGUCAGGGGAGUCAGAUGACCUCGGCAUUUCCCAGGAUGAGCAGCUCUCCAAGUCAAGUUUAAGGGAAACCACAGGCUCUGAGAGUGAUGGGGGUGACUCGAGCAGUACCAAAUCCGAAGGUGCCAAUGGGACAGUUGCAACUGCAGCAAUCCAGCCGAAGAAAGUUAAGGGAGUGGGCUUUGGAGAUAUUUUCAAAGACAAGCCAAUAAAACUAAGACCAAGGUCAAUUGAAGUUGAAAAUGACUUUCUACCGGUGGAAAAGACUAUUGGAAAGAAGUUACCUCCAACUACAGCAACUCCAGACUCGUCAAAAACAGAAAUGGACAGCAGAACAAAGACCAAGGAUUACUGCAAAGUAAUAUUUCCAUAUGAGGCACAGAAUGAUGAUGAAUUGACAAUCAAAGAAGGAGAUAUAGUCACUCUCAUCAAUAAGGACUGCAUCGAUGUAGGCUGGUGGGAAGGAGAGCUCAACGGCAGACGAGGAGUGUUCCCUGAUAACUUCGUGAAGUUACUUCCACCCGACUUUGAAAAAGAGGGGAAUAGACCCAAGAAGCCACCUCCUCCAUCCGCUCCUGUUAUCAAGCAAGGGGCAGGUACCUCUGAGAGAAAACAUGAAAUUAAAAAGAUACCUCCUGAAAGACCAGAAACGCUGCCAAACAGAACAGAAGAAAAAGAAAGACCAGAGAGAGAGCCAAAACUGGAUUUACAGAAGCCUUCUGUUCCUGCCAUACCACCAAAAAAGCCACGGCCACCCAAGACCAAUUCUCUCAGCAGACCAGGCGCACUGCCCCCGAGGAGGCCUGAACGACCAGUGGGUCCCCUGACCCACACCAGGGGUGACGGUCCAAAGAUUGACUUGGUGGGCAGUUCGAUAUCCGGCAUCCUGGACAAGGAUCUCUCGGACCGCAGCAAUGACAUCGACCUAGAAGGUUUUGACUCUGUGGUAUCAUCUACUGAGAAACUCAGUCACCCAACGACAAGCAGACCAAAAGCCACGGGGAGGCGGCCUCCAUCCCAGUCCCUCACAUCCUCUUCCCUUUCAAGCCCUGAUAUCUUUGACUCCCCAAGUCCUGAAGAAGAAAAAGAGGAACACGUUUCGCUUGCACACAGAGGAGUGGACGCGUCCAAGAAAACUUCAAAGACUGUUACCAUAUCCCAAGUGUCCGACAACAAAGCAUCCCUGCCGCCCAAGCCGGGGACCAUGGCUGCUGCUGGUGGUGGUGGGCCAGCCCCUCUGUCCUCGGUGGCACCCUCCCCCAUGUCAUCCUCUUUGGGAACAGCCGGACACAGAGCCAACUCCCCGUCUCUGUUCGGCACUGAAGGAAAACCAAAGAUGGAGCCUGCGGUCAGCAGCCAGGCAACCUUGGAGGAGCUGAGGACGCAGGUCCGUGAGCUGAGGAGCAUCAUCGAGAGCAUGAAGGACCAGCAGAAACGAGAGUUUAAGCAGUUACUGUUGGAGUUGGAUGAAGAGAAGAAAAUCCGGCUUCGGUUGCAGAUGGAAGUUAAUGACAUAAAGAAAGCUCUUCAAUCAAAAUGAAUACUUGAUAAAUGAAAUGUUGCGUUAUUCAUCCUGAGUCCAAGACUCAAAUUUUCCGCCCCAGCCAAAAUAACCUUGUGCCAAAAGAUUAAAGGUUUGCCUCAACAUGUCCCUGUUUGAAAGAUUAGCACAAAAGUCUUGAUAGCACAACACAAGUUCCAUCCAAGAGGAGACUCUUCCUGGGUCUGGCACUGGUUGUGACUUAGAGCAAAUUGUGCUAAAGGCUUUUUUACUAUGAGAUCUCAUGCGAAACGAAAACUCAGGCAGUUUAGUCCGUAGUGGUACUAUUUUGAUGAUAUUUUCCAUUAAUAAAAUGUAAUUUCAGAUUAUUCGUUUACAAGCUUUAUAAUUUUAUGAUUUUUUAAUCGUGUUUUGUCACAGAUUCCCCCAGUGUUUGUAUGACACACAGUCCGGGGCAAGUGUCCCAUUCUUUUGCUUCAGGCGGAAAGCUGCCUCGCUUUGUGUCCCCUCUAGGAUUCUAUUACAUAUGCAAUUUUAGGUCCAACCUGUCCCUUCCCCUGCCAGCAAACCCUACCACCCUAAGAUAAAUUUUAGCUUAUAUAUGAUGGUAUAUUUACAAAAAGAGAAAGAGAAAAUCUGGUAUUUGCAAUGAUCUGUGCCUUCUUUUUACCACCCUCUUGAUUGGAGCUUUUGUGAUGCAGCUAACUAGAUUCAAAAAAACAAAAAUUUUUUUUAGCCACUUCUCAAAGUCCACUAGAGGCCACUGUCUUCAAAGUUUCUCUCCCCUAGCCAAAGGUCCUAAGAGGAGACAGCUGUGAAGUUGGCCGUGCUCUGUGGUACCAGCUGCAACUUUUAAGUUCUCCUAGUUUUAGGUUGUUCAUGAAACUAGAAAUGUCACCCCUGCUUGAUUUUUCAUCAGCCAAGUUAAACCCCUGCUUCCCGUCCUUUGCACCUUUUGCGUGAACAGAAUAUGCAUUAUUAAAGCAAAAAUAAAAGUAAAAUGCAAAUGAAAACAAGGGGGGGAAGUUGUAUUAUUUCCUGCACUGGGUUAUCCGUGUGUGUUCUUGUUUCAGCUGUACUCACAUAAUGUCAUUUGCCUUGCUCUCUUGUAACCCCUUCCUCAGGUCCAAGACAAUGGGGAGAGGCUCUUGUUGAAGUGUAGCCAUUGGAUCUUUCUUGCAUUUAUGGAAUUGCUUUUUCCGUCCCCAGGAAACUGGUGUUUGCUUGUCUGCUUUAUCUUUGUAGCAAAUGGACAGUUCAGCCUUAGACCAUGUAACUAUUUUCUCAUCCUUAGCUGAAAAUAAGGGGCAUACUGUAUUGCAAGAUUGUUUGGGGAUGGGGGGGUGGGGGGUGGUCACUUAAUGGCCCCUGAAGAUGUUUUAUGUGUUUCUAAAAAGCUGCUUUGUCUAUUUCCUGAGUUUUAGAGUGAAACUACUAAACAUUAAUAGAUUUGCACCACCACAAAGAAUGAGAAUUGAUAACAGUGAAGGAGUG